GCCCCGCCCCUGGCGCGGCGAAGGACAAGGUGACGGCGCGGCGCCCGCCUUCAGCCUCUGCUGCAGCGGCUCCAUCUUGCGAGGUCGCCAUGUUCUCGUCUAUCGCGCCGCUCGCGCGGCACAACCCGUUCUACGCGCCGCACUUCCAGCUGGUGCAGGACGGCGUGAGGAAGCGUCCGGCGGACCCCGCGGAGGCCCCCACCACGCGGCGGGCCCUGGCGGCCGCGUCCGCCGAUUCAGAAUACAGUUGUGAAUAUGGCUCGCUCAAGUUUUAUGCUCUCUGUGGCGUUGGYGGGGUCCUAAGUUGUGGCCUGACACACACUGGUGUCGUACCUCUGGAUCUAGUGAAAUGUCGUAUGCAGGUUGAUCCACAAAAAUAUAAGAGUAUCUUCAAUGGAUUUUCAGUGACACUCAAAGAAGAUGGUGUUCGUGGCUUGGCUAAGGGAUGGGCUCCAACCUUCAUUGGCUAUUCCAUGCAAGGGCUUUGUAAAUUUGGUUUCUAUGAAGUUUUCAAAAUCCUGUAUGGCAACAUGCUGGGAGAGGAGAACGCCUAUUUGUGGCGUACUUCGCUGUAUUUAGCCGCAUCUGCCAGUGCAGAGUUUUUUGCUGACAUUGCUCUGGCUCCAAUGGAAGCUGCUAAAGUUCGUAUUCAGACACAGCCUGGAUAUGCGAACACUCUACGGCAGGCUUUACCUAAAAUGUUUGCAGAAGAAGGCAUCUGGGCUUUCUAUAAAGGUGUUGCUCCACUAUGGAUGAGACAGAUCCCAUACACAAUGAUGAAAUUUGCCUGCUUUGAACGUACUGUUGAAGCUCUUUACAAGUACGUUGUUCCCAAGCCACGAAGUGAAUGUACAAAAGGAGAGCAGCUGGUAGUUACGUUUGUUGCAGGCUAUAUUGCUGGUGUGUUCUGUGCAAUUGUUUCCCAUCCUGCUGACUCUGUGGUGUCUGUGUUGAACAAAGAAAGGGGCAGCUCAGCUUCACAAGUUCUUGUGAGGCUUGGAUUCAAAGGUGUAUGGAAAGGUCUGUUUGCCCGUAUCAUCAUGAUUGGUACCCUGACUGCACUACAGUGGUUCAUCUAUGAUUCUGUCAAGGUUUAUUUCAGACUUCCUCGCCCACCUCCACCUGAAAUGCCAGAAUCUCUGAAGAAGAAGCUUGGUCUAACUGAAUAGACAACUCAUGGACUGACUGCUGGCUGUCCCAGUGAUGAGUUUCAUGAAACUUUUAUAUAUUUGACUAUGUAGAAAACAAACUCUAUACCAUGUCAUUAUUGGUUGUGCCCUCAUCUCACAUGAGGGUUUAAAUUCUACCACUGUCAUUGCCUGAAAUAAAUGAGAAACGGAGUG